ACUCAUAUUCUGUUGAUGGACGCGUUCCUCCAGAACAACAGGCUGGACCAUGUCUCAAGGGUGAUGGCCUCGCAUCCUUCGUACUUGGAGCACUUCCUCCGUACCCAACAUUUCAUCCUGCGGGGUGACGGACCGCUUCCUUACGACUAUAGGCAUCUCAUCGCCAUUAUGGCUGCUGGUAGGCAUCAGUGCAGCUAUCUGAUAAAUCUGCAGAAAGGAGAGUUCAUCCUCCAAGGCGGUGACCCAUCGUGGCUUCGAGGACUGAAGUCAAUCCCAGGGAAACUACAAGAUCUCUAUGAGAUCAAUAAGAUUUUAGCUCACAGGCCGUGGUUGCUGAACAAAACGCACAUCGAGAAACUGACGAAAGGCGCGGACAGUUGGUCCUUAGCCGAGGUGGUUCACGCGAUAGUCCUUCUGGCCCACUUCCAUUCUCUUUCCUCUUUCGUGUUCUCCUGCGGCAUCAACGAAGAACUGGACAACGUGGCCGGUCACCAUUACAAAGAGAACGUCCAGGAUAAUAGCAAUAACGUACCAACUGCCAAAGACAAGCUUUCCAGUAGUCCGAAGAAGAUUCCGAAUGGCGACGGCAAGACUGAAAACAUGCCGUCGCCGCCAUCCUCGCCGAGUAUAGUAGGCGAGCAAGAGGUCGGCGUCGAGGCGCUGAUGGAACGUAUGAAACGUCUUUCCGAGAAGUCGGAAUCCUACCAGAUCACGCAGGAGGAGCUGUCGAAGAGAUUCGAGACUGUAGAAACGCAAUCCGCCGAAUUGGCCGCGGCGCCACAGCGUAGUAGUUCCGUUCUCGAUUCUGAUAUCGGCCAUUUUAUCGAGGAUCCCACCUUCAUCUACCAAGACUUCGCCAAGCGUGGUCAACUGAACGACAUACCGACGUUCCGCGUGCAAGACUACUCCUGGGACGAUCACGGCUACUCGCUGGUGAACCGUCUCUACAACGACGUCGGCAAUCUCCUCGACGAUAAGUUCAAGACAGCCUACAACCUCACCUACUACACAAUGGGCACGCACAGCAAGGUGGACACGUCCCGUUUCAGACGAGCGAUCUGGAACUACAUUCAAUGCAUGUUCGGCAUCAGGCACGACGAUUACGAUUACAACGAGGUGAACCAGCUGCUCGAGCGUAGCCUGAAGACGUUUAUCAAGAGCGCCGUUUGCUAUCCGGAACGUGUGACGAAAAGGGACUACGAUCGCGUGAUGAGGGAGUUCAAGCACAGCGAGAAGGUGCACGUGAACCUGAUGAUUCUGGAAGCGCGAAUGCAAGCAGAGCUGUUGUACGCGCUCCGCGCAGUGAUGCGAUAUAUGACCUAAGCGAGGCGUCGUUGCCGCUCCGUCUACUUGCUGUCUGUCGGUUCGUCGUCGGUUUAUUUUAUCGCGUAACUCGCGCCACGGAUAUUCGCGAGUCGCACUUUGCGAACUCUGUAUAGUAUGGCACAGUAAGGAACGAGCGAACGCGACACCGAUUCUCACGCGGCAUGU